AUCGAACGAUACAUAAACACACGUUCCGUCUCUGUUGUUUCUUUCCGCGAUCGAUCACCAACUCCAAAACCACCUAUUUGUCCAGAUUAUCACACAUUUUUAACGCAUAUGCAUGACCCCUCGUCAGCGUUCACCGCUGAGGACCAGCAACGCCACCCAUACAUUUCAUCCGUUCUCGAACCCAGCGUACAGAAAGUCGUCGCCACCGCUGGAGUUCGAAUUUACUACGCGCCUUUCAACAAUCCUCAUUUAAACUGGAGCUACUCCAAGCUCAAAGGAAUUCUGGUCUUCGGACGCGACCGAGACACACACCAUGACACGUCUCCUCCGAAGCGAGGCGGUCAUGGUAUGCGUCUCAAAGAGAAAUACUGGUUUCGCCUCGUUGACAUGAAGACAGACCGUGUGGUUUGGACAUUCUCCAUCCCCGAGGUCUUCGAAUACACCAAAGACAAACCUUUCUUCCAUUAUUUUUCCGGAACAAGUCGCAUGUUCGGACUUUGCUUCGAUGAAGAUGAAGAAGCAAGCGUCUUCUACAAAAAAGUCUCGGAUCGGACGCGGCACCAUUUCUUCCGGCCCUUCCUCUUCAAAUCUAGCAAGGACAAGAAAGAAAAGCAGAAGGUACCUAAAACUUCUCCAGUGAGCCCUCGGAUAAUCUCCAGCCCCGCGCCCCACUCCUUUGUCCAUGUGGCCCAUGUCGGAAUCGCCACUAGGGGUAUCAUCGAAUCUUCCAAGAAUAUCAAACCUGCUUGGUCGACGCUGAUGGCAGACCUUCAGGGUUGUGGGGUGGCGCCUGAGAUCGUCAAAGACGAGAAGGAUUUUGUGGGAGGGUUUAGUGCCAAGGCAGUUACGGAUAAACCAGCAGCUGCGCAGCCCAAGCCAACCUCCCCAGUGCCACCUGAAAAGCGCAAAAUCCGAAGAAAAGCUGUUACCAUUUUGUAACGUGUCUUUCCGUCCCGUUGUUACGAUUAUCUCUUGGCAAUCUUUGGUCUUUCCUAUGGUACUUUCGACUCACUAAUAUCCUUGCUUGUGAUUCUUGAAUGAUCUCUAUGCAUUAUUUCUUGUAUGUCAUCAACCAUAUUAUUGGCACUGUAGCGGUAAACAUAACAACACGAAUUCAUAUGUAUGGUAAUAUCUCUAAGUCUGUACAGUCUGUUAUCAAAUUAGGCGAGGUGGCCACCGCAACAGAUCAUGACUCACCUAUGAGUGAAAUGAGCGUGGUGUAGGUGGCGCAGCCAUGAAAAUCAGAAGCGUGUCAGAUCGCGGCCGAAAAUCCCUGCGUCCUGUAUUAGCAUCAUGAUAUCACCGGAGUACACAGCCAAAAACAUACAAUUUAGGAACCUGUACAGGAAUAAGAUGAGAUCAUAGAAUGUCAAUCGGAAUGACGCAGAACUCACCAAUACGUAGGCACCAGAAUUCUAAGCAGUA